ACAGCAGCAUACUUUGCAAAGCGCAGCACAAUAUUUUGCAAAACACACUGUACAGUUUACAAAAUUUAUAAAGUUAAAAUAUUGAAUGAAAAGGGGAGUAAACAUAUAAGACGUUGUACACAUUAGUGUGUUAUUGAUACUCAUGCAAAGAAACUCGCUAGUGACAAGGUGAAGUACAUUGUAGGAACAUAACCUUUCGCGGGUGUUCAUAAGUUCGUGGUUCGCACCGCUAAAAAUCAAGAGGACAAACUGGUUUAGAACGCGCCAAUGAAGAAUAUUAACAUUCCAGAGAGUGUAACCGCUCGAGCUGCGAUAUGAGUUCCCAAGAUAAUCGAUACGAUAAUACUGCAACACGGAAGUCACGCUGGAACGAUCCCAACAGCAGCAGCAGUAAAGCUUCCCCUGAUAGAUAUCGAAACCGCAACGAUUCAAAGCACCACAAUUACUACAAAGAUCGCAAAUAUUACGAUAAUCGAAGCUGGAGAGAUGGCCCGUACUCUAAGCGCCAUUCGUACGAACCGAACCGGUACAGGCAUGAAUGGAAGGCAGAAAGUUCGGACGACAAAACCACGCAACCGGAAGGCGAAAGAACCGAAGCCACCAUCCCUAUCGUGGGCAGAGAAACGACCAAUUUUACUAGUAAAAGGCGAUGGAACAGCGGUACAUCACCACCUCCACCUGCCACGAAAAGACCCCCAUGGCUCGUGGAGCAAAGGCCGCUGGAAACGGUUCGGGGAGCGUACGAUCCUCAAGCAUCCGUACAAUCAGAAAACAGUUUUAAGUUAAUCUUCAACCAUAUUAACACAGUCUACAGCCAGAACACUGCAACGCAGCCAGACAGACCGAUGUCAUUUAUCGACCGUCUGAUUGCGGAUGAAGCGAUGCGUAUGCUUGCGGCCGCUUCUUCCAACGAAACUACGGCACUGAAUGAACCAUGCGAUGCGGCGGAAGAAGCGGUGCCCGCUAAUACCGUAACGGCGGCUAGCGACGCGACGACCGGACCAUCUCAGCAAGAGUCCGCAAAGGAAGGGACCGAUGGUAAAAUCGCUAGCAAAGUGGCUUCGGUUAGAGCGGCGGAUUCGAGGCUGUUACAAAAAAGCGCCGAACAGGUGACAAAAAAGCUUAUCAACCAGCUGUCCACCAUGAGCAAGUACGAUCUGAAGCACAUGAUCGAUAAUCCGGCCGGAAAGUACGAGACGGCAUUGAACCGGCACGCACAGAACAAGCUCCGGGCGGAGGUGCGAAAGCAGCUGAAGAGCUUCGGACUGAACGAGCUGGAUAGCUCGUGCGUAACUGGUGACGGUACCGUUGAAUCGGAUGAAGCGAUUGACGCGGACAAAAUACCGUCCGCACUGCUGGAACAGAUUGAGCAAGCGUUAGAUUUAAACUUUUUCGAUAUACCACAAGCGGAGCUAAACAAAGCUGACAAAGAACGGGGGUCGGUUGGGACAGUAGGUGCCCCACAAUCAGAUGAUGAAGAACUAGUCGAGCCUGUUCCGGGAGGUGAACAAGCGUCAAUUUGUACCACAUCUACGGAGAACAGUUCUACCGGCGGUACAAAUGCUAACAGCAGUACAGAUGGCGUUUCUGGUUCACCAACAACCACAGCCACGAAGAACGGAACGAAGCCUACAGCUGCUCUUGCCACUCCAGGACGCAAGAAGAAAAUUAUUGUUCGCAAGGCCGCCAAUGCAAUAGGGCGAAACAAAGAGAGCGCAGUACUGCCUCCUGGGCGGCCUAAUUCGUUUAUUGCUCGUAAAGCACCAACUGCUUCGCCUGCGAACAGUGUAGCUCCAUCACCAGUGCCCAGUGCAAGCAACGUCACUCCCAGCGCAAGCGCCUCGAGUAAGGAUACCACGGAUACAGAUGGACAUUUGCUUUCAGUCGAAGAACCAUUCCCUAUAGCGGUGGAAAGCAAUCCCGGUGGUAGGAAUACAUCAUUCCUAAGAGUCAGUACCGUGGAAGAGUUGAACAGGCGGUUAGAUGGGGUUCAUGGUACGCAAAGUGCCGAUCAGCCACCAAACGACGCAACCGAAAGGAUGCUACGGUCCAACGAUAGUACUUCAACGAAUGCAACGCUUGAUGCUACAGCAACAGAAAUGCCCCGCCAACCGACACCGGCCUGUACUACGGAUGACGAGAGAAAAACCGUUCAUGGUCAUCCGAGGCAACAUUACAGAACCGUCGAUAUUAGCACGGUGAAAGUAUUAGGCCAAAGUAAUGUAACUAUAGAAGCGUUGCUAAAUUACGUUAACAACAAAACGGAUGGCAAACGAAUACGAAUCGAUCAUCCACCCGGUGGCGGAACCGUUGCAAAGGAACCCGAUGACCCACCGACUGUGCCCGAUGCGACUGCCCCAGUGCAAACUCCACCUAGAAAAGGAAACACUAAAAAGAAGCGAAAGCAUCUUAGGAAAAAUAAUCUUCCAUCUCCCGCUAGGGUUGAUACGCAGGAUAACAGUUCGCAAAAGAAUGGAGCCGAAAAGGCCAACAUUUCAUCCCCGUCUGCUGCAAAGAAGGGGAAAAAGUGGAAGCAGAAAGUAAGGUGGGAUCGCACGGCACCUUUAGGUAGCACGGAACACUCGUACUGUGCGGCGGAUGUGCUUCAAACGAGUCCACCACCAACAUCUGGAGGAGAUGCACGAAAAUCGCCCCAACCAAUACCCUUCGAAGAUCGCAUACUAAUCACUGCUUACGAUGAGUAUAUGAGCAAAAGGGUAGAUGAAGCGGAAAAGAACACGGACAGAGCAGAACAGCAAACUGCUCCCAAAUCCCACAUUACAAUUGCCAACGUUUGUUCCAUCUCGGGAACAACGGAAACGGCCACCAGUACGGUUGGACCAGACACACAACCGCAACCCCAAGAAAUGUUCCCUACGGAGCCAAUAGACGGCAAUGCAGACCAAAGUGUACCAAAUGCUGUGAUUCCAGCUAUUGGAACCGAAAGCGUGCUGCCCGACUGGAAUCUCACGACCGAGGCGACCGUGGAGAGUAAGAAAGAAAUAGUAAGGAUCGAUUCGCCACAACCGUCCGCCGGCGAAACGAGCGAAGAGUAUAUCCUGGGAGGUGAUGGGGAGGAAAAUGGUGUCCAGACGGUGGAUCCACCACCGGACGCGACAAAUAACCCCCAGGAGCAGACGCAACAGAGCAUUACGAACGAUUCUUCAACACCCUUACCGACCAGCAGUAAUACGGCCAGCCUGCAGUCUUUAUGUGCAAUCACGGAGCAUAUGCAAUCGCUCGAAACGCAAACGAUGGAGCUGUACAACCGCAAGAUGCAGAUUGACGCCAUGUUUAUGACACUGCACUCGGAACGGAUGGACAUCGAUCAGCAGCUCGAGCGGCUGCACAAUAUUCGCAACGAGCAGAUCAGCUUUAUGCGGCUCAACUUGCUGGAGCUCGUCGCUUCGUCUAAUGGGUCGGGGGGUGGAUCGGCGAUGUUCGACAUACCUUCAGCCGCGGCAGGACACAGUGGAGUUACGGCGAGUCACACCGUCACCCCGUCUGCACAGACCAAUAAUAGCAAUAGUAGCGGUAGUAGUAGUAGUGCACAGGUCGGUGCACGCCAGCAGGAACGCACCAUACGUCGAAUCACGCCGAUCAACAGUGUGUUGAUGAAAAUUUUCCAACGCCGCCGUACACCGUCCGAGCGAUCAACGGAGGAAGCCUCGUCGGGCGUUGAUCAGGCGUAAGCUUGCGUGUGUUUAGAGUAGAAUUAAACAUAAGAGCAAUAAAUGGAAAGCGUUUAAAGAUGUGUGGUUUUAAAAGUA